CCCGGGGGCUCCCCCCCCGGUCCCUCCAUGGACUGAGAUGGCCUCGGAGCUGGCCAUGAGCGCGGAGCUGCCCACGAGCCCCCUCGCCAUCGAGUACGUGAACGAUUUCGACCUGAUGAAGUUCGAGGUGAAGAAGGAGCCGGCGGAGGCGGAGCGGCUGUGCCACCGUCUGCCCGCCGGCUCCCUGUCGUCCACCCCGCUCAGCACGCCCUGCUCCUCCGUGCCUUCCUCGCCCAGCUUCUGCGCUCCCAGCCCCGGUGGGCAACCGGCCCCCGGCCCCCCGGCUACCACGGCCGCUUCCCUGGGCUCCAAACAGCAGCUGGAGGAGCUGUACUGGAUGUCGGGUUACCAGCAUCACCUCAACCCCGAAGCUCUCAACCUGACGCCGGAGGACGCGGUGGAGGCGUUGAUCGGUGCCCCUCACCAUCAUCAUCACCACCACCAAGGGUACGAGCCCUUCCGACCCCAGCCCUUCGGGGGUGAGGAGCUGCCGCCGGCCGCCCAUCACCAUCCCGGCCACCACCAUCAUCAUCAUCACCACCUACGCCUGGAGGAUCGGUUCUCCGACGAUCAGCUCGUGAGUAUGUCCGUGCGGGAGCUGAACCGGCAGCUGCGGGGCUUCAGCAAAGAGGAGGUGAUCCGCCUCAAGCAGAAGAGGAGGACCUUGAAGAACCGGGGCUACGCUCAGUCCUGCCGCUACAAGCGGGUCCAGCAGCGGCACAUCUUGGAGAACGAGAAAUGCCAACUGCAGAGCCAGGUGGAGCAGCUCAAGCAGGAGGUGACCCGCUUGGCCAAGGAAAGGGAUCUGUACAAAGAAAAAUAUGAGAAGUUGGCCGGCCGGGGCUUCCCGCGGGAGCCCUCCCCAUCCGCCGCCCCGAAAGCCACCGCUGACUUCUUCAUGUGAGCCGGGCUGGUGGGAUGGGGUGGGAUCCCCUUUUUUGGUUUUUGUCCUCAUGCGGGGAGAGCAAACCCGCCGCUUAUAUUUAAAAAGAGAAAAAAAAAAAAAAAAAAAAAAAAAAAGAAAAAAAAUUAAUAUUAUGAAGUCUCCACUGAAAUUUUGGGGAGGGGAAGUUGAACUCCUUCCCUCCCACCACGCACCCACCCAUCGGGACUCGGGGUGGGGGGUCCCGGGGUGGGGGAGUGGGGGGGCAGCCCUGCAUGCGGGACGUGUACGGCCACCCGCCCCCCUUCCCGGGAGCAUCAGCGCCAUCCAGGUGGCUUCUCCCCACCUUUUCCUGCGGGUUUUCCCCUCCACUGGGAUUUUUAUUCUUCGAGGGAUCCCCACGGGUCGGCCGGGGGGGUCCCCGGCAGCGCUGCGCCCUGCCCGGCCCCCUCCGCCCACCCCCCAUUCCCGGCCGGCAAACCUGAGCCACAUUUAACUUAUUCACCCUUGUAAAUAUGUAGAAUAUUAGUUCGUUUUUUGCCUUUUUUUUUUCCUUUCUUUUUUUUUUUUUUUUUUUUUUUUUUUUUUUCCUUGAGCCUAUAUUUUGCUUGGUGAUUUACGAGAAAAAGAAAACGAACAAAAAAAAAAUGAAAAAGCAACAAAAAAACCCUAAAAUCCUUUAGAAAAGAGAAAAAAAAAUUACACGAGUCUUAAAAGUUUGUAUGUAAUAGCAUGCAAAUAAUAUCCGAGUUAAUUUAACGAUGUUGGGAAGAAGCCGAAUGCACUAUAUACAGGAAUCGAUUGGGUGAAAUAAUACUGUUUUAUAGAGAUUUAAAAUUAUCUAUGCUCUUAAAAAUAGUGGGGAGGGGCGGGAGGGGAAGAGGUAACAAUUUUAGGGUGACCUGAAAGGCAAUAUAGUAAUAUAUGGACUGCAAACGGUUGGCUGCUAUCUCACUAUGCACCAGAUUUAUUUAUUAACCCUCGGGAAACGGAAAAAUCUUAUUUUAACCUCGAUGUUUGGAGAAAAAGGAAAAAAAAAUACCAGACGGCAAGAAAAUGCACAUUAUUUGUUGUGGAAACAAGAGGAAAAAAAAAAAAAGGAUUAAGAAUUCGUGCAAUCGUUGGAGCGAAAGCGGGACCGAUCCUGCGCGGAGGAGCGGGGCGGGUUUGUUUGUUUGUUUGUUUUUUUUAAAACGAGUUGCUUAUUUAAAAAAGGAGAAAAAAAUUUAAAAAAACAAAUUUUGGGGAGGGGGGGUGAACAAAAGGGUCCUGCGGACAAAGCGAGCUUGGGAGCCUGGUGCAUUUUAGGGACUGAUCGUGCGAAGCGUUUUUAACGACCUGUUGUUUCGAUUUGUGACGGUUUUAAUGAUGUUGCAUCAAGAUAAAAACUUAUAUUCAACUAGA